UACCUGGAUAAACCUCGCUGUUGCCCGAUUAUCUCAACAUGAAGCCAUGAAACUAUAACAGGAGGGAUGAGAGCAGCGGCGGCUGCGGACAGAGGAUGCCAUGCAAAUUGGACCCGGCAGGCGCUGCGGCCCCCGCGACUGGUCAAGUCAACAUUGCGUCAGCUAGUUGCCCAUGUCAUAUCAAACAAUUCAGCCGGCAGCUGGGACAGCAGGCGAGGCCUCUCUUCCCCCGCAUCGCCAACCCUGGAUGCGCCGCUGCUCACCGCAACCAUCAAGCGUGCACGGCACGUCAAUCAGCUGUUCACGGCAUGCAGCAGCAACUGGGAUGUGCUCAAUCACAUUCACAUUGCGGCAGCGUUGGCCAUGGCCGUCAAACUGGACCCCCGCCGGGCCAGCGCAGCGUCGUCGUCGUCCGCCGUGGAUGCGUUGGCCGACCGCUUUAAGGCGCUGCUGCCCCAGGCCUCAGGUCGGGAGGUUGCGACGGUGCUGUGGUCGCUGGCCAAGCUCGGCCGGCCGCCGCCACGAGCGUUGCUUGCCGCGGUGGUGGCGGAGGAGGAGCGCCGGCGGCAGCUUCGCAGCCCAGGCGGGGCAGCAGCAACAGGGCCGCCAGCGGCCGGCGGCACCGGAUACCACCCGCUUGCCGGAGCCACCAGCAGCAUAGGCAGCAGUUCCAGAGGCAGCGUUGGCCGCAGUGACGGCGCCGGCGGCGGUACCGGUACCGGUGCCGCCGCGGCCGGGCCUGUUGGCCUGCUGCUUGCGGACGCGGCGCCGCAGGCCGUCGCCAACAUCCUGUGGGCUCUGGGCACCUGGCGCGCCGCCGGGCCGCCCGACCUGGUGCCGGCGCUGCUGGCGCGCACCGCCGCCGCGCUGCCCGCCUUCACGCCGCACGACACGGCGCACGUGCUGUGGGGGCUGGCGCACGUGGGCGCGCGGCCGCGGCGCGCGCUGCUGGCGCGCCUGGUCGCGCACGCCGCCGCCCAGGCGCCCGCCACGGCGCCGCAGGGCCUGGCCAUGAUGGCCUGGGCCUGCAGGCGCCUGCGCCGGCACGACGGCGCCUUCCUGCGCGCAGCUGCCGCCGCCUUCCGCGCGCAGCUGCGCGCAGCUGCCCCCGGCGACGUGGCGCUGUUCGCCGCCAGCCUGGCGGGGCUGCGGUUCAGGUGUCCGCGGCUGCUGCGCGACGUGGCGGAGCACGUGGCGGCGGCGGCGGCGUCGGGCGGUGCGGCGGGUGCGGCGUCAGGCGUGGCGCCUGCGGCGGGGCCAGGGGCCGGUGCUGCGCCAGAGGCGCGGGGGCAGGCGGCGGGCGGCAGAGACGGCGAGGAGCCGUCAACAAGCGGCCGGAGCAGUGACGGAACACGGACAGCGGCUGCCGUGGCUGCCGCGGCGGCGUCGGAAGCAGGCGCUCCCUGGGACCAGGCACCGGGCUUGACGCCGUCUCGGGGCUGGUCGGACCACACGCGGACGCAGCUGCUCGUGGCGUUUGCGUCGCUGCGCUUCCGACACGAGGGCGCGGUGACGGCGCUACUGGCGGCGGAGGCGGCGGAGGCGGCGCGGCGCGGCGGCUGGCCUGGCAGUGGCACCGGCACUGACCGCAGUAGCAGUGACAGCAGCGGGGCCGGCGGUGCCGCCGCUGAGCGCUACAGCGGCUCGCUGCGCGCGGCGACGUUCAUGUGGUGUCUGGCGCGGCUGGGCGUCGGCCGCGGCGCAGGCAGCGUGGGGCAAGCAGCGGCGGAGGCGGCUGGCGAGGCUUUGCUGCGUGAGGCCGGGUUGACGGAGGCGGGGGCGGAGAUGGAGGGCGGGUUGGCGAGGAGCAGGGGGGCAGGCGGGGCGAGGUGGGGCGUGCAGUCGGCACGUCCGGGUGCUGUGCAGCCCAGCCACGCGGCGGUGGCCGCGUGGUCGGCUGAGCGCCUGGGGCUGGCGGCGCCGCUGCGGCGGCGGCUGGCGGCGCUGGCGUCGGAGCAGCUGGCGGCGGUGCUGCUGCGGCGGCUGGAGGCGGCGGAUUCAGACGCGGAGAGGAGCGGCUUGGAGGAGGAGCUGGAGGAGGAGUGGGUCCAGGCGCACAGGCGCGAGUCGGAAGUCGGUGAUUCCUGGGCCAGCGGGCUGGAGUCCAGCAGCCGGGGGGGCCGGCGCAGGCUCGCACGGGGGCUGGAGCCGGAGCUGCUCGGCGCGGGGCAGCUGGAUGCGGCGGUGAUGACGCUGUGGGUGUUGGGCCGGCGGGGGCCAGAGGCGGCGGCGGCUGAGCCAGCGGCGGGCCGCCUGCUGGACGCGUUCGCCGCCGCCGCGCCGCGCCUGCUGCCGCGCCUGAGCCUGCGGCAGCUGCCGCUGGUGGUGUGCGCCUAUGUGCAGCUGGGCCGCGGCGACGCCGGCGUGCUGGGCACCGCGGCGGACAUGAUGCUCAUGGCGCCGGCGGCGGCAGGCGGGGUGGCGGGAGGGGUGGCGGCGGCGGCGGCGGCGCCGGGUGGGGCAGCGGCUGCAGGGCCGCGCGCAGAAGCUGGGGGCAGCAGGCCAGUGGCGGCUGCACAGGGCUCGGGGUAUCGGGGCCCGGCGCUGGGCGUUGCGGUGUCUCAGGACGCGGCGGAGGCGGAGGCGGAGGCGGGAGAGGGCGGAGCAGAUGCUGACGACACCGGCGCGUUGCUGGCGGCUGGCGGCGGCGGACACAGCAGUUUGCAGCCGGAGUUCUUUGCCGCGGGCGACCUAGCCGACGCCGACCAGGCGCAAGUUGUGGCCAUGGACGCGGAGGAGGUGGAGGAGGCGGAGAGUGACCCGGGUGAGGAGGAGCCCGAGCCGCUGCUGGAGUGGGAGGACGGCGAGGAGGCCGGGGUGGAGGGGCUGCGGCUCCUGAACCCCGACGGCAGCGGCAGCGGCACCGACAGCGACAGCAACAGUGGUGCUAGUGCCAGCAGCAGCAGCGGCAUCGGGUACGGCGGUGGCGGCGGCGGCCGUGGCGGCGGCGGCGGCCUGCUGGCCCGGCUUCCGCGCAACGGCCUCGCGAUGAUGCUGUGGGCGCUGGCGUCCUCGGGCUAUGCCUCGCCCGCUCUGAUGCAGAGCGCCGCAGUGGCGGUGAUGCGCCUCUUUGCGGCGUCGCCGCCGCCGCCACGGCAGGCGCCGGCGCGGGCGCAGGCGCAGGCGCAGGCGCAGGCGCAGGGUCCGGAGCAGCAGCACGAGGAGGAGGACGAGGAGGACGGUGCCGGCGCUGGCGAGGGGGCGGGCGGUGCGGGCGGCGGCGGCGGCGCGGCGGUGCGGUCGCGCUGGGCUGCGCUGACGCUGUGGGCGUUUGCUGCGGCGGACUGCUACAGCCCGCUGCUGUACGACACACUGCUGGCGGCGGUGCUGCGCAAGGUGUCCCGCCUGGGUCCAGGCCGCGUGGCGGUGGUGCUGUGGGCGUGCGCCGUGGCCGGCCACUACCAGCGGGAGGCCCUGGAGCGCCUGUGCGCCGCGCUGCAGCACACCGGCGGCAGUAGCACCACCACCACCACCACCACCACCGGCGGCAGUAGCACCAACAGCGCCGACACCGACACCGCCACAGGCGCCGGUGGCGGCGGCAGGAGCAGCCGCGGGACGGAGGGGGAGCUGCGCCUGCCGCCCGCGAGCUUCACGCAGGGGCACUGGGCGGUGGCGCACCUGACGGCGGGCGUGGCACUGGCCUGGCGCGGGCCCUCCGCCGCCGAGCUGCGGGCCCUGGCGCCGCGCCUAAACAGGCACCAGGCGGCGGUGCUGCUGUGGAGCCUGGCGGUACAGCAGCUCGUGCUGGCGGGCGCGGGCGGCGGCCGCCGCUUCGCGGCCUGCCUGCGAGCGGUGCUGCGGCGGCUGGCAGCGCCGCCGCGGCGCGACGGCGAGGAGGCGCGGGAAGUCGGGGAGGAUGGAGGUGUGGAUGGGGGUGGCGGCGGCAGCGGGGGCGGGGGCAGCGGCGUGGGCGCUGCGUGGGCGGCGGAGGCGCGCGCGGCGUGGCAGCAGGAGGAUGCGGCCACGCCCCAUUCCGGCGGCUCCAGCAGCAGCAGCAGCGGCAGUAGCGGCAGCAACAGCAGCAGUAGCGGCCAGACAGGCGGCUCUGCCACGGCCCCUGCAGCCCCCGUGGCUGUCACGGGGCCGCCGCUGGAGGCCGGUGUGGCGCUCAUUGUGGCCGAGGCGGUGGCGCUGCUGCUCGCCAGCCCCUACACGCAGGUGCGGGCCGAGGCAGAGGCGUUCCUGCAGGGGCCGGGCGGGCCGCGGCGCGGUACGCAGCGGCCAGGGCAGGCGCCGGAAAUGGCAGGAGAGGGGGCGGCUGGCGGUAGGAAGAGGUCGGGGCGCGAGGGCCGACAGAACCAUCAACACCAACACCAGGAACAGUGGCAGCGGCAGCAGGAGCAGCAUGAAGCGCUUGUGGAGCAGCUGCGGGGCUGCUGGCAGCGCGCACAGCGGCGGCGGCACCCGCUGCAAGAGGCGGUGGCGGUGGCGGCGCGGCAGCUGGGCUACGCGCCGCGGCUGCUGCGCACGCACCCCGUGUUCCCGCUGGGCCUGCCCGCGGCUGUGGAGCUGACAGACGUGGCGACUGCUGAGGGAAGCAGCGUCAGUGGCGGCAGCGGCGGCGGCGGUGGCACUGGCGGGCGGCGCGCAGUGCUCCUGCUGGCUGAGCGGUCGGACUUCGCCACCAACGACUCGGGCCAGCCCCUGGGGCCGCUGUUCACCACCGUGCAGCUGUUGCAGGAAUGCGGCUGGUGCGUGGCGGUGGUGGUGGCGGACCAGUUUGCUGCGUUGCGACAGCCCACGCUGCGGACACGCUACAUCGCGCACCUGCUAGCCGCAGCAGCAGCGCCGGACCGGGCACCGCCGCCGCUCACGUCGACAGCUGCGGCGGUGGCGACUGCAGCGGCGUCGCAGGAAGGACCGGGCGCUUCCAUGUGAGGGAUUGGCAGGAGGCGG